AUGGCUUGCCUCACAAUCUCCGUGGAUCCGUCCGGAGGAGGCAACACCACUACUAUUCAAGCAGCUAUCGACAAGGUGCCCGAGUACAACCAGAAUUGGGUUUGCAUUCGCAUCAAAGAAGGCGUCUAUAGAGAACAAGUUUUGAUCCCGUAUAACAAGCCAUUCAUAUACCUCCAAGGAGCGGGGAAGCGGAAGACGAGUGUGGUGUGGGACGCGCACGAUGCAACCGACACGAGCGCCACUUUUAAUUCUGUGCCGGACAACAUCAUAGCCAGGAGCAUGACAUUCAUUAAUUCAUAUAACUACCCGCUGAAGGGGUCGAGAAACCCACUGGCGGUGGCGGUGGCGGCCAGGAUAGGCGGAGACAAGUCGGCCUUCUACCGGUGUGGAUUUGUGGGGCUGCAAGACACGCUGUGGGACGUUCAAGGCCGGCAUUAUUUCGAGCAGUGCACAAUCCAAGGAGGUAUUGAUUUCAUCUUUGGUUCCGGCCAAUCUAUUUAUCAG